GGCGUGGGACUGCGUCAGCUGCGCCACACACACGCCUGUGCCCAGAGCCGGCUUGCACUGCCCCCAGGGGCUCCCUGGUGUCUGGGCCACCCAGGCCUGCUGGGGAUGCGCUGCUGCCUGCGGGCGCCUGAGCUGGCAGCGGCAGGCCAGGAUGCCCACCCGUGCCUCUGGGGCGCCCGCGUGGCCGGCGCUGGCCCCUGUGUGAGGGUGGGCAGGGGCUGGGCAGGAGCCCCGGGCGCUGGGGCAUGAGCGGCCGGGUCCCGCUGGCCGAGAAGGCGCUGUCGGAGGGCUACGCGCGCCUACGGUACCGGGACACCUCCCUGCUUGUGUGGCAGCAGCAGCAACGCAAGCUGGAGUGGGCGCCGCCGGGCACCUACCUGAGCCGGAGCCGCAGCCUGUGGUACUCGCAGUAUGGCAACGAGGCCAUCCUGGUGCGCGACAGGAACCAGCUGCAGGUCCCCCGGGACACCGGGCGGUCCAAGUUCUGUACUGUCAUGUGAGUACCCCCGCGGAGACCUGGGACAGCACCUGCCUCGGCCGGGCACCGAGGCCAGCUUCUCUCCCAGACGUGGACUGGGUCGUGGCGGGCAGCUCCCCAGUG